AUGUCCAGUCCAGAGGCAAGCGAGGAGACUCCCCUUCUUGAUUCCUUCGACCCUCAAGAGAUGCACGAACUUUACAAUAUCAAGCCCCAUCCGAUCACCGGCCGCCUCAUAGAUUCCUACCCAGUCACUCGUACAAAGCCUAUGCGCGUCUUAUGCCUCGGACAAUCAAGAACAGGAACCAUGGCUCUCACAAUGGCCCUCAAGCAACUGGGUUACACGCCAUACCACAUGUCGCUCUCCCUCAGCAGCCCCAAGACGAACCUCGAUCUCUGGCGCGAAGCUCUCGACGCCAAGUUCUAUGGGAAGGGCAAGCCUUGGGGUCGUGAAGAGUUUGACAAGAUACUCGGACCGUACGAUGCCGUGGCUGAUCUACCGGCCAUCUGCUUCGUCGAGGAGCUUGUGGCCGCGUACCCUGACGCCAAAGUUAUCAUCACUUGGCGCGACGUUGAUAGCUGGCUUCGAAGUAUGGACUCGACGGGAGGUCGAGUUCUUCGGUGGCCUCUAUGGAACACUCUCGCGAGAUGGGAUACCGCACUAGCUGGCCCGUUCUGGGAGUUUUCAAAGAAAGUCAUGACCGACUUCUCCGACAAGUCCCCAGCUCGUCAAGCCUUCCACGAACACUACGACCUCGUCAAGAAAAUAGCUCCAGCCGAAAGAAUGCUCGAGUUCAAAGUUCAAGAAGGAUGGGGUCCCCUUUGCAAGUUCUUGGAUAAGGAGAUCCCCGAGGAGGAGUUCCCGAAACUGAAUGAUUCAAAACAGUUUGUUUUGGCACAUAGCUUGAUGUGGUGGAUUGCUUUUGCCAAGAUGGUUGGAAAGGCUUCCUUCAUGACUGCUGUCUCUGGAGUCAUCGCCUCGAUAUUUGCGAUGUGGAAAUUGAAAUAUGCUGUUAAGAUCGGUGCUAUGCUCAGACCGAUCGCCGACUUGUCUUGA